UGUGGGGAGCUCCCUGAUCCGCAGGGGCGAUGGCGGCGCUGCAGGAGAAGAAGUCAUGCAGCCAGCGGAUGGAGGAGUUUCAGCGCUACUGCUGGAACCCGGACACCGGGCAGAUGCUGGGCCGGACGCUGUCGCGGUGGGUAUGGAUCAGCCUCUACUACGUGGCCUUCUACGUGGUGAUGACCGCAAUCUUUGCUCUGUGCAUUUACACACUCAUGUGCACAAUCGACCCGUACACACCUGACUACCAAGACCAGCUAAAGUCACCAGGGGUGACCUUGAGGCCAGAUGUCUACGGGGACAAGGGCCUGGACAUUUCCUACAAUGUUUCCGACAACAGGACCUGGGUGGACCUCGUGCACACUCUCCACACCUUCCUGGCAGGCUACUCGCCAGAGUCCCAGCAGGACAGCAUCAACUGCACCUUUAAGGAGUACUUCUUCCAGGAAAAGUUCAUGGCCCCCAACCACACCAAGUUCUCCUGCAAGUUCACAGCAGACAUGCUGCAAAAUUGCUCAGGGCUGGUGGACCCCAACUUCGGCUUCGCAGAAGGAAGGCCGUGCUUUGUGAUUAAAAUGAACAGGAUCGUCAAGUUCCUCCCCAGCAACAGCACGGCGCCCAGGGUGGACUGCGCCUUCCUGGACCAGCAAAAGGAUGCCCAGCCCCUGCAGGUGGAGUACUUCCCACCCAACGGCACCUUCAGCCUCCACUACUUCCCUUACUACGGGAGCAAAGCACAGCCCCACUACAGCAACCCUCUGGUCGCUGUAAAACUUCUCAACGUCCCCAGAAACACGGAGGUCCUCAUCGUGUGCAAGAUCCUGGCCGAUCAUGUAACAUUUGACAACCCCCACGAUCCCUACGAGGGGAAGGUGGAGUUCAAGCUCAAAAUCCAGCAGUAGAGAGCAGGGCGCCCGGCCGCCAAGCACUGGAAACCAGCCCAGAGCCGCAGGCCGUGACCUGUAAGCACUUAGCACUGGAGUUGACGGCUUCUCGCUAAGUCUUCUCUGCUCCUUGACACAGAAUUCGUAGUGAGGAUCAAAACGCUGGGCCAACACGAUGACCCCGAGGCAGUGGUUACCCACUAACGAGACCCAGAUACUCGCCCCAGGCGAACUUCUCUCUCCUUACUGUGCCUCAGCUUCCCUGACCUCUGCGAUCUCCUGGGACCCGCGUCAGCAAGAAACACGCCUCACGAGGACGGACGAUCGGAAGGCUUGCUUUU